GUUGAUACUCAUGUGAGUAAACAUUUAUUUGAAGAAUGUAUGCAACGAUACUUGGCAGGGAAAACACGAAUUUUGGCCACUCACCAGUUGCAGUACGUGAAAAAUGUAGAUACCAUUAUACUUAUACAGCAAGGAAAGGUCACCGUAUUUUCUCAUUUUCAAGAUUUAUUGAAUCAGCGACCAGAGUACGCUGAAUUAUUAGCGGCCGAAUCAGAAUCUUCCGAUGAUAGCUCUUUGGAGAAGAGUAGUAUGAAAAGACAAUUUUCCACGUCAAGUACUAGAAGUCGAACUCCUGAAGCAAGUAGCGGAGGAACAGACGAUGAGGAAGAAGAUGAACAGUCUCAAAAACUUAAUGAUGGUUUAGAAGGAACCUCGCGUGGCGUAGUUAAAGGACCAAUAUUCGUCAAGUACUUUCAAACCGGCGCUAACUUGUGCUUAGCUCUUGUACUGCUCUUAUUAUUUGUGUGUACACAGUUUAUGGCUAGUCUCAACGAUUAUUUUGUUCCUAUUUUAGUAAGCGUAGAAGAAAUGCGGCAUUAUUACAUUACAGAAGCUAAGCUAAACAAUACCAAUGAUACCUCAACUGAGAAUUUGGAUGUUUCCUCCAUGUACAAUUAUAUAUACGUUUACACCGCAAUUGUUGUUGGAUUAUUUUGUAUCGCUAUUACAAGGUCGUUGACUUUCUACAAAGUGUGCAUAUUAUGCAGUCAAAAAUUGCACGACAUGGCGUUCAGUGCCUUGAUUAGGACGAGCAUGAGGUUCUUCGAUACGAAUCCUAGUGGUCGUAUUUUAAAUAGAUUUUCCAAAGACAUGGGAGCCAUUGAUGAAUUACUGCCAAAGGCUAUACUGGAUGCUGGUCAAAUAUGCAUGUUGAUGGUUGGGUCUUUGACAGUCUCUUGUGUAGUCAAUCCUCUGUUCUUAAUCCCGAUAGUAUUUUUGGGUGCUGUCUUUUAUUGGAUAAGAAAAGUAUUUUUGAAAACUAGCAAAAACAUUAAAAGGAUGGAGGGAAUG